CUAGCUACGUAAUCUCUACAAAUACGAGGAAACCAUUAACUGUGGCUAGUUCAUUGGAUUGGUAACAUGACGAUAGCCGAGCAUCGCCUGAAGCAACUUUGCAUUGACAUUUUUCACAACCAAAAGCCAAAGACACUGGCUUAUUUCAGAUUAUCAAAUCCAUCGAUUUUGAAGGAUCUKCAAGAUUUUGCCGCUGAUUCCAAUGCGAACGGCCAGCCAAAACCUUUGUUGAACGAGGUCCUCAACCUUUUUAAGCUCCUGAAUCAGCACAUGGCCGAACAAGAACACGCAUGCCCCACAUGGGGCGACUUCUUUUUGGCGGCUUCGAAGGAUUCAGUCUCACCUUCUCUGCCAUYUACCAGUGUGCCCACAGAAAUAUCAGUGGUAUUUGGAGGGAAAUACUCGAAGGAACCAGCAAGCAUAUCCGAAAAGCUCGUUUCGAAGCUAGUUCCGCGAUCGAAAUUGGUCUUUACGGUCUCUAGAAGCACAUGCCCCGAAGGCGGACUACCGACCAACAUAAAGCACUUCUCGAAAACAAACCUUGAUGCAUGUCAUGGCGAKAGUUCUCUGGAUCCGUCUGUYWCUAAUGAUGAUGGYGGUGGAAGUUUUUCUACGAUUGGAGUUGACGAAUUCUACGACGUGAUGUCCAUGGCCCGAGACGAAUGGCUCCAAACACCACCGCCUACGACGCUGGUCUUCUAUUUUACCCUCGGCCAACACAAGGGGAUCAACCCCUUCGCUCGAAAUCUACAAGCUGCCGAAAAUUUUCAUCGAGCCCUGCAGAAAUUGUCUUUCUCGUAUUCUGGAGUGGACGGUGUUYYCCCCUCAUCUUCCGAAACRGAUAGCAAGAGCAGUGUUCCUCGCAGCUGYCGGACCUGGAGGGUUGUUCUCACCGGGACCGAUGCAACAUUGCCUAGUGUCCACCCUCCAUCGGAGAUGACUUUGAGAAUGGACAACAACACUAUGCAAUUACUUACGGUUCCAACUUAUAAAAUUUCAAACAACAACUUUGUAUACGCCAUGUCAAAAUUGGGUCAAUACUAUAGGAUUGCCAAUUCGGUCGCUCGACUCGUACUCAAGCAAACCUUAGGAGCCCAUUGCAGCGAACGUGACCGGAGCAAGUACGAAGAGAUAGUCUGCGAGACAAAAGAAAUACAUGGAAAGAUAUUGAAACACGUGAMCGUGGCCGGAGAAGACGGUGCCUACCACGGCGACGACACAGCCCCAAUAGACUACGGUAGAAUUUCGAUUGAAGAACUGGACAUUAUUUCCACARACAUGUCGCUUCGCCUCGAAGAAGAGCUCAAGGAGCAUUUUCUAAUAGCCAAGCAAAUUUCCAUAUGCUAUACCCCCUUGCACGCGAACCCGUGGACAGAGGAUGCCAUUCAGAACAGUACCCUCGAUAUCAAUUCCAAUCCUCUUGAACAGCUAUCACCAUCUUUGGCUGUAACAUCGUUGCAGAGGGCUUUUAUUCUGGAGCAAGUCGUAAAGCGAUUAAAGAAUGCCAUAUCGAUCGACAGUGCUGCAUCGUCCCACUUGGUGCAAUACUAGUAGUAGUUUCAAGUCCUGUGCUCCCAGUAACAGAAAGAGCAGUCCUCUGUGCAGCAGGAAAAGGGCUAUAAAGCUUCCUUCCCUCAUUGAUCCKUGAACCCAGGAUGCUGCAACUGACGCGAAAAUUGUGUUARAAUUGGUCGUUGUGGAGGGAGUAGUAGGAAGGUAAAAUGAUAAUACUAGCACUGGUACUAAUGCCACUAAAGCUACUAAUKCUCUGUCACUUUCAUUGUUCUGAUUGCACUUCUUGACGUCUCGUCUCUACUCUUAAGUUAUAGUAGUCUUCACACUUUAUUUAUAGCGAAAYRCUCUUUGCRUGACCUUAAUAAUUUCAUCGUAAAUGA